AUGCCUAGGAAAAAGUCAGCUUUAAAGAGAGCAAAGAAUGCAGAUACAGGAUUGGCCCAGGAUGAAAGGGAAUCACCAAAGAAUUUGAAUAGGGAAAAAGCUGGAAAGGAAGAUACGCGAGAGAACGAUGAUGAAGAAGUGACAUCAGAAUCGUCCGAGGAAGAAGAUGAAUUUGGCGAUCUCAUAACUGAUGAUAUCGAAGAGGGUAUUGAAAAGGUAUUGAAUGUGGUGAGAGCUGAUCCCAAAAAAUUGCUAGAUCCAAACUUAAAAUUCUUUAGUGACCCUGAGAAUGUUUCCUUUACGAAGAAAAAUAAGGAAAAGCCUUUAUAUUUGAAAGACUACCACCGAAUGAAUUUGCUUAAUGGAGAAACGUUUGGAGCCGAACAAGACUAUAACACAGUAGAUGGCGAGAAGCCAUUUGUAGUGACCGAGAGGGAAGAGAGGAACCAAUUGUUAUCGGAAAUUAAUAGUGCAUUUGAAACUGAAUCUAAAGAUAUUGACCAAGAUGAAUUUAUGAAGAAAAAAGAGCUCGUUGAGCUGGAACCAGAUUAUGAAAGAGACGCUGUCACGUUCCCAGACCCUCAGAAGAACCAGGAAGAAUUUUUGAAUGUGUUUCUUGACCAACAAGCAUGGAUUCCAAGGAAGAAUGAUAAGGUAAUUGAUCUUGAUAAAAUUGACAACGAGGUGGAAGAAGAUUUUGAUGAUGCGGUGGAAAAGUUUGAGCACGCAUAUAAUUUCAGAUAUGAAGACCCUAAUUCAGCAGAAAUUGUAUCUUACGCUAGGUCUCAGGCAACAUUUAGAAGGACUGCCACGAAUUCUCGGAAAAGACAAAGAGAAAAGAGGCGUGAGGAAAAGAAGGAAGACGAUAAAAAGAAGCAAGAUUUAAUUAAGAAAAAAAAGACAGAAAAAGUUAAUAAGGUAUUUGAUAGGUUAUCGAAAAUAAAGGAGGCCGUUGGAGACGAAAUAAGCAACGAAGUCAUUACGAAGGUCUUUGGCGACUCUUUAUUGAGGGAUGAUUUUGACGAUGCAGAUUGGGAUAACAAAAUGGCCGAAGUAUUCAAUGAGCAGUUUUAUGAUGCAGCAGAGGGUAAACCUGACUUGGGAUCGGAUAAUGAUUUCAUGGAUGUUGCUGGCGGAAAUGAUAGCGAAAGCGAGGUCGAGGAAGACGAUUCUCCUCAAAGAGAACGCAGUCCUUUGACUAAAAAAGAAAAAUUAAAGGAGAGAAAGUCUUUUAAGAAAUCCAAAAAUGAGUUGAGAGAGAAGGCAGAGUCUUUAGUGGAGGCGAAUAGUAUGAGGAUUGCUGACGAAGUUGAAGAAGAGAGAGGUAGGUCGGAAGAUAAAGGAGAAGUCAAGUUCAAAUAUCGUGAAGUUUCUCCUGAGACUUUUGGCUUGCAGACUAGAGAAAUUUUGCUAGCUGAUGAUAAGGAUCUCAACCAAUUUAUAGCUAUAAAGAAAUUUGCACCCUAUAGACCCAAAGAUUUGAGGUUAAAAGAUAAAAGGAAAUAUACUAAGAGCAAGAGAUUGAGAGACUGGAGAAAAGAGGUUUUCAAAAACAAUAAAGAUAUUGAGUAUCCACUCAAAGACACGUCAAAAUAG